UUUUGUAACAAACAAACGGGGGCUUAUACAUAGUGCUACGCUUAUAAAUCAUGAAUAUGGAUGUUCCAAAGGAAAUGAUCACCCGUUUUGCGGUUUGCUGAAAAUCAAAGAAGUACAUAUAGUCAUUAAUUAAGUACAUCGCAGAUUAUUAGCCGCCAAACAGAAUACUGUGGCUUUUGAAGAACCCUGCAGUGUGUGUUGUAACUUUGCUGGCUGCGGCUAGCAUCAUUGGCAAGUUUGGCUCUCGAACCGUCUGUAUUCUCUGCAAUACUGACCGUAGGCAUUAGCUUUCAAUGUCCAUCUCAAGCAAUCUAGAGGAUCGUCCUUUAAACGAUACAAAACAAGAUGUGGAAAUGGACUACAAGCCUUCUUCUAGCUCUAGAACGAAUCUACCAAAAGCAUGCAUAAAGAACAAACUGAAAAUUCUUAUAGCCGCGAUUCUUGUCCUAGUGGUUCUGUGCUUUGUUUUCUUUGGUCUUUAUAUUCAUGAAAGGUCCAACUCGUCGAAAUCACAGAAAUCUGUUACAGAUGUUUGCAACACCGACACUUGUAUUUACACCAGCGCAGGUUUGAUGAAAUCGAUGAACACGACCAUUGAUCCAUGUGACGAUUUCUACCAGUACGCAUGUGGAGGUUGGGAGACAAAGAACCUGAUCCCCGACACCCGGUCAUCAUGGAGUCAGUUCCGCAUCCUGUCUAACCGUAACGAGGAACUCUUGAAAAAGCUCAUCAACAGUAAGGACAUCAGGGAUAAAUACAAGGAUAAUCCCGCGGUCAUGAAAGCGUUUGAUUACUAUGAUGCCUGUAUGGACGAGAAGCUGAUCGAGAAACUAGGGCAACAGCCUUUGCAAGACUUAAUCAAAAUGUUUGGCUCGUGGAAUGUCACAAACAAGAACUGGACCGAGGCAGACUGGGACUUCAUGAAAACGUUUGUCAUGAUACAGCGCGAUUUAUCUAUUGCGCCUUGGUUUAACAUGUUUGUCGGUACAGAUCUCAAGGACUCCACCAAAACCGUCAUAGUGUUUGACCAAUCAGGGACUAUUUUAUCUAGAGAAGCAAUGCUCUUCAAUACCACGUACCACGCAAAGAUCCGAACAGCGUAUCGCAGAAUCAUGACGUCACUGAUGGAGAAACUCGGCGCAGGAAACGAUGCUGAAGCUCGGAUGGAGGAGGUCUACCAGCUGGAACUAGAGCUAGCAAAGAACACUAUCCCCAAGGAGCAACGGCGUGACAGCGACUCUAUCUACAACAAAAUGACUCUCGCUAAGCUUGCAUCGCAGGUCGACAGCAAACUAAACCUGACCGAUUUCUUGGGGCACAUAUUUAAUCUCACGGACUACAAUGUCAAACAGGACACGGAGGUGGUUGUGUACGCGAUGGAAUACAUGGUGAACAUGUCCAGGAUCUUCGCGAACACUCCCAAACGUAUUGUGGCUAACUACAUGAUGUGGCAUGUGGCAUAUAUCUUUGCAUCAUCGCUCUCUAAGGAGUUUCGCGAUCUGUAUUACGAGUACCGUGAGGCCAUCACGGGGACCCGGGGCGAGGACCCGCGCUGGCAAGACUGCACUAGCGGCGUUAGCGGUACUUUCGGUAUGGCCAUUGGUCUGCUAUUUGUAGACCAAACGUUCAAGAAGGAAAGCAAAACGUCGGCGGAGCGCAUGAUCAAGGACAUUAGGAACGUGUUUAUUGAUAAUCUUCAGAACUUGAACUGGAUGGAUGAAAAGACGAGAAAGGUCGCCAAGGAGAAGGCUGAAGCUAUUCGCGAGAAUAUCGGCUACCCAGACUUCAUAAAAAACAAAACAGCUCUUGAACUCGAGUAUAGUGGGCAAGGCGUGGACAAGACUAAGUACUUUUGGAAUCAGUAUGAAAGGAGAAAAUUCUACAACCAAAAAAACCUCGACGAAUUGGGAAAACCUGUUGACAAGACCAAGUGGUCAAUGAACCCGCCCACAGUAAACGCAUACUACUCGUCCACUGACAACAAGAUAGUCUUCCCCGCCGGCAUCCUUCAAGAUCCCUUUUACGAAGGAGAUCAUCCAAAUUCUCUGAACUAUGGUGGAAUUGGCAUGGUGGUAGGGCACGAGAUCACUCAUGGAUUCGAUGAUAACGGAAGAAAAUUCAACAAAGACGGCAACCUGUUGACGUGGUGGACGAAUAACUCUAUAGAAGCGUUCAAGAAGAAAACUGACUGCCUUGUUAAGCAGUAUAGCUCGUACGAGUUUCAUGGGAAGAAGCUUAAUGGAUUACAAACUCUUGGAGAGAACAUUGCGGAUAAUGGAGGAAUAAAACAAUCAUUCCAGGCUUACCAGAAAUGGAAAAAAGAUAACAACGUAGAAGAAGAAAAACGCCUGCCUGGUCUGGAAAAACUCAGCCAUGAUCAGCUAUUCUUCUUGAGUUUCGCCCAGAUCUGGUGUAGUGCCUAUCGUCCCGAGGCAGCCAUCCGAGCGAUAGAGAAUGGAGUUCACAGCCCUGGCAAGUUGAGGGUUAUAGGGUCCCUGUCGAAUUCCAAUGAGUUUGCCGAGGCCUGGAAAUGCCCAGUCGGUUCGCGCAUGAACCCAAAGGACAAGUGCGCUGUGUGGUAAAAAAAAAUAUCACGCGGCUCAACUCCCGACACCCGACACGGCAAAAGCUAUUCGUCCAAUAUCCUACUUCCAUAGAAUAAUAGACAUAAAUUUUGAAGUUUAGUAUCAAGCAAAUGCUUUUGCAUUUUAAGUAAGUAGUGUCCUGCACAAAAUUUGUGUCAUUCAUAAAAAAGGUUUUGCAUAAUAGUUAUGGUCGUCAAAUAGGGGUAUAACAAAUUUUAUUUGUAUGCAUGCUUUAAUAAUAGAUCUCUCAUGAUUAUUUCUGCCGAAAGCACAAUCAAAGCUUAAUUUCAGAAUUGAUUCUGAUUUCAUCUUUUACCAUUUCCAGUGAGUAGUAGCUGAUUUGAUGACACACCACAGGGAUACCACAGGAAUAACAAUCUGUAUCGUAUAUUGGUGCCCGUCAUAUGGGGGUUCCAUUUUAUGUUGUUCUAAAUUCCUCACCCUCUAUAUAAUGAACCUCCAUUAAGCUGACACAUCCCAUUUAGCAGACCUCCAUUAAGGCGGACUACUUCCAUAUUGGUGCCCGUCAUAUGGGGGUUCCAUUUUAUUGUGUUUUAAAGACAUGGUUGCUUGCAUUAGGUUCAAACAUUCUUAAGGCAGUAUACGUCCUUCAAAGAGUUUCAUUAUAUUUCUGUGGUGCUGAGCAAAUAUCAAUUUCCCUCAACAAAGAAAAGCUACGCUCUCAAUAGCAUCUGUGUUUACAAAGCCGUGCACAAGAUGCGUCCCAUUUUUUAGGACGGAUCAAUGCAUUAUGAAUGUAGGGUGUAAUCCCUCCCUGUAAAACAAAGAAUUGCACACAAUACCAUGCUCCACAUCACGACAGUGUGAUGGCCCAUUUAACAACAGCAAUUUAAAUAUAGCACAUGCAUUAUGCUUUUUGUGUGAAAUAUAUACCUUAGGGACCCUUGUUUGCCUCUGCAUGAUGUUUCAGAAUGUAACCAAGUUGCAUCAAGCAGAAACGCAUUGACUAGUAAAAAAUUGUGAAUUGCUACUCUUUCAUAGUAACGCUAACCUAACGUUAUAUAUAAAGCAACUUAGAAGUAAGGUCAUUUUUAUCGUUUUUAAAGCGGUCAAUCAAACCAUGUAGUCUUGAUAUCGGGACAGUUAUCACAAAGACUUCUUGAAGUUAUUUCUUUGGCGCAUGUCAAAAUAUAAGGGAAUCUAAAGUCCGUCACCAGGUUGUGUUAUCGACUCCGGUUUCUCUGUGUAACUUACGCUAUGUAUGUAUCAAUGUGUUGGAUUAAAAUCAAGAUUAUAGACA